GUACGAGAUAGACAGAAGCCAGGCCAUUCUUGACUAGCAAGCUAACUUACAAACUAUGUGGCUAUCAGCAGCAGCUACGCUUGCUUUUUUGAAACAGUCACGUAUCUUAACAAUGACGUUAAAUGCCAACCAGUCUUAGCAAGCCGUCAAAGUAUAGUCGAUACAAUAGCUAAUCAUCAUUAGCAUGUUGACCUAAAUUAGCUAGCCUGAUAUCUAACGUGCUAGCUACACUAUAGUGGAUAGCUAUAGCCAGCUACUCCUUAUCAGCAUACGCACACACACAAGCUAGCCAGUAGCUAGUAACUGGUGGUGGUGUUCGGUGGACGAUGCACACUGGUCCCUCGCGCAGCUAGCUAGCGCUCUUCCUUUUGGAAAACAAUGGCAUGCUCUGUUUUGAAAAGCAAACCCGAACCAUAGGGGAUUUUUGACGUAGCUUGGCGUUGUUGAGCGAACGGGUUUUUGCACGUUGUUUUCUCUUAGGUUGGCAGUAUUUUUACACCAGCUAUCGUGCAUAGCUGUAUAUUAUUGUCUUUCUUCCCCUGAAAAUGUUGUAGCGCGAGGCGCUGUCUGCCAGCUCAACAUUCGCUGCAUGUAUAGCUUGCUAAGCUCCGUUUUUUUCUGCGUUCGGGGGGCUUCAACCAGCUAGCUCCACAGUGGCUAGCUGCAUUUAUUCGCUAUCUUAAUCGUUUUAAUUGAUAUAAUAAUAUCGACACCACUGUAAAUCGCACGUGAAUGUAGAACCGCAUUCGAGUAUUUUUAGCGCAGCUAUUUGGUAAUAGUACCUAUCAGGCAGUGGUGUAUGAUUUGCGCUGGAGACUACUUUGUUAGCUAGCGAGCUAGCUAAUUGUGCUGUAUUCGAUUGAGGAAAACAGCGAGGUUUCUUUGAAAGUAUGGAUGACCAGACUAGAAUGCUGGCGGGUCUCACCGGACUCGGUGGAUUAUCGCAAGCCGAUGUGGGAGAUCCAGACUCGGUCAGGAAACAGCAGUCACUUGGCCAACCUCAACAAGACAUUGGGGAUAUUUUACAGCAGAUCAUGGCCAUCACCGAUGAAAGCCUCGACGAGGCGCAGGCCAGAUGCUGGCCAGAAGAGUCGCCGGCGCAUUGGGGUGGAUCAGACGACCCCACAGAGGGAGGGGGAGCUGGGGGGGGCACUGCAGGGGGUGGCCUGCCGCUCAACUUCCAGCACAGGAAACACGCGCUGAACUGUCACAGAAUGAAGCCUGCACUCUUCAGCGUUCUCUGUGAGAUCAAAGAGAAGACAGUGCUGAGUAUCCGGGGGGUGCAGGAAGAGGACCCGCCGGACCCCCAGAUCAUGCGCCUGGACAACAUGCUGCUGGCCGAGGGCGUGUCCGGCCCCGAGAAGGGCGGGGGCUCGGCGGCGGCGGCUGCCGCGGCGGCGGCGGCGGGGGGCUCGCCCAACGACGGCAGCAUCGAGCACUCCGACUACAGGGCCAAGCUGGCCCAGAUCCGCCAGAUCUACCACUCCGAGCUGGAGAAAUACGAGCAGGCCUGCAGUGAGUUCACCAACCACGUGAUGAACCUGCUGAGGGAGCAGUCGCGCACGCGGCCCAUCUCGCCCAAGGAGAUCGAGCGCAUGGUGGCCAUCAUCCACCGCAAGUUCUCCUCCAUCCAGAUGCAGCUGAAGCAGAGCACCUGCGAGGCCGUCAUGAUCCUGCGCUCGCGCUUCCUGGACGCCAGGCGCAAGCGGCGUAACUUCAACAAGCAGGCGACGGAGGUGCUGAACGAGUACUUCUACUCCCACCUGUCCAACCCCUACCCCAGCGAGGAGGCCAAGGAGGAGCUGGCCAAGAAGUGUGCCAUCACCGUCUCUCAGGUCUCUAAUUGGUUCGGCAACAAGAGAAUUCGGUACAAGAAGAACAUUGGUAAGUUCCAGGAGGAAGCGAACCUCUACGCAGUAAAAACAGCGGUGGAUGCUGCCAGUGUGUCGGCGCAGGCUAGCCAGGCUAACUCUCCGGCGACGCCCAACUCAGGGUCAUCGGGGUCUUACAGCUUGUCUCACACAGGCGACGCCUACCUUGGCCUGCGCUCGGUCAACGGGGAGGGUCUCAACAUCGCCCCCUCUCUUCAGCCACAGGUGGAUACCCUGCACCGUGCUACACACCUGAUGGGCGGCUAUGAGGAGCUGUCUGCUAGCAGGCUCUUCACCCCACACCACCUGGACGCCAACAACAGCAGCUGGCAGGGCACCACCAACCCUCCAUCGGUCACCUCUCCACCCGCUCCCCCCGGCAGCGUCCACUCCGACACGUCUAACUGAGACCCCCACGGCCCCCCUUCACUCCAAACACUCCCGCCUCAUCCCCCUUUCAUCCCCCCCCCCCCCUCCCGUCCCUUCAACCCUCCUGUCUCACCUGGCCUCUCUGCUCCUGAAGCCUGCCUGGACCAGUUACACUCUGCCCCUGUCUACCACUCUCCGAACCCGGACUGGGAUCCACCAACCAGGCAACAUGUCGAUCUCACACACACACACACACACACACGUUCACACACACUUGUCACACACCGGACAGUUGAAGGGAAGAUGGAAGGGACUAGUCUUCCACCCUGCAGUGUGUUUGUGCUGGAGGGGAUUGGACCUCCCGGGCUGUGUCUGGGUCCUGAUGUCUGUACAUCACCCGUGUAUACGCACGUCUAAAGUCCACACAGCCUGUCCCCGUUGCACCGACCUCUGCACUCCACCCCUUCCUAAGGGGCCGACCCCUUCCUAAGGGACAGACCCCUUCAGCUCUGGAAAACUAUGAUUCAGCUCAGUUCCCCCCCCCUCCCCCAUGAAGCAUUGACGAUGACACGUGACACUGGUUACACACUCUAGCCAGUCACCAAGGUGACCUCGGUCACCAGGGAGCUCUGCUCACCUUGCUUGUACCAAAGUGCUGCCCACCUCCCCUCUCUCUCUCUCUCUCUCCCCCCCCCCCCCGAAAAGUUGUCACCCCUUCUGUUCCUCAAGGAACAACCUCCUGGCAACUACACGCAAAGACACUGUUGUAUCUUCCAUCUUUUGACUGCUUGAUGUUUCAUUUUGGUGAGGAUUUUUACGUGAGAUAGAUAUAUAUAGAGAUAUAUAUAUAUAUACAUAGAUAUAUAUAGGUCAGAUAUGCACAGAUGUGAGCACACGCCUCCCACUUUGAGCUCCUUUUAUGGAAGUAGACACACGCAAUCUGUCAAGCACAAACUUCGGCAUCUCGACACAGGUGCAGCUAUCUGGUAAGGGGGAGUUGAGGGAGAUCAUACUAGCAGACUGCUGACUCUGAGCCUGGCAGAGCUGAGGAGGUGGUGGUGGUGGGGGGAGAGGGAGAGAGAGGGCAGAGGAGAGAGGGGAGGGAUCUCCCUAGGCUUGGGGGAGGUUGUCACCAACAGCCCCGUCGUGGCUAGUCAUCAUAAGGUUUUGUAGAUGGUUUGUAGACUUUAAACUUUCUGUCAACUAGUUUAGUUGAUUGUAGCCUUUUUUUUCUAAACGCUGUUUCACAAAGAAUGCACCAGCCACCAAAUAAGAUUAAUUUGAUCAUACUUCUAAGACAUGUUAGGGAAUUGGGGGUGUGGACAGAGUUUGGGGCAGUGAUGAGUAAUUGGGGAAAAAAUGAGACAUUAAUGUAGAAACGUAGCUGUCUUCCAUGCAUGUCGGCUUUUAGGUGUAAAGAUCGGUCAUCAUUUCAUCUUCACGUUUAUUAGCGCCACUUUCCUUAGCAAAAAGAAAGGGUAUAAUGACACAGACCAAAAAGGACUAAAUGCAUCACGCGUUGGUAUACUGUAUGUACGGAGCUCUCGGAUGUUUCAGCUGUGCCGGCCGGCUGGUGACCUGUUCCAGUUCCGUCAGUUCUUUGGUGUUUCACCUGGAGGACUGGCUUCUUCCACCAGCCGCUGCGAAGCUAGACAGGGCUCAACUAGGAUCUCCGUAUAACCUGAAACCUGUUUGUCUCCACAGGUCUAUUGUACCAAAAACCAAAAAUACCAUGUUCAACAAUGUAAUUAUGACAGGGUGACGAGUCGCCCUGUUUUUCCGUUUUGGGGAGAGGAGGGAAUUGUAUUUGUACCUGUGUCUUUGUGAAUGGUGUUGUCAUGCCUCGAGUUACUUUGUUUGGGGUUUUUAAGGGGUUGGGGGAGGGGGAGGGGGAGGGGGGGGGGAGGGGUUGCAAUUGAGGUCUGUCAUAUCUGUCACACCUGUGCUUAAGAUUUGAUUGUAUUGUGUGCAGUUGGGAAGGCAUCCCAUUCUGUGGGAUGGCAUGCUGUUCCCCCCCUUGUAUCCAUUAUAGAGCAUCCGCUGGUAAAGGCAUUUUUAGUUGAUUGAUUUAGCCGCUUGGCAAGGGCUUUACUCUUCUGGUUACCAAAUAGGCAGCGCUGGGUUUGUUACAAUGACAACGGUUUAGGGCCAAAUCAUAAUUUUUGUUCAUUUCUUUGGUUUGAGUUGUUUAUAAAGCAACGUAUGUAAGUAGCAGGGUGUUUUGAUAAUGUAAUGGGAACUCACUAUAUUAAACAAAGACCUAUGAACAUUGAAAUGUAAAUUGACUUUGUUCAUUCAUGUUACAGAAAAUACUUGGUUGAGGAGCUUUUCAGCUCAUCAAUGUAUUAGCCAGUUUACUGUAUCCUUGUUUACUGUUAUUGUUACUUAUAUUCUAAACAUUCUCAUAUGGCUAUAUCUUACAAGUAAUGCUAUCACUACACCAAAUUAGCUACCCCUUUUUUCUACCAGUCGUAAUGGAUGUCACUGUACAGUUUGUGGAAUGUUUCAGUGUUUUAUAAACCUUGUUUUUUUUUCUCUUUUCCAUUGGUGAGCUGUGGGGGUGGUUGGUUUGGCCUUUUUUGUUCUGUUGGGGUUGAUUACAUUUUUGUAUGAUUUCAGUGAUAUUCUUCAUGAUAGGGUUAUGAUGUGGGUUUAUGGGUUUCAGCUUGGUUUGGUGCGGUUAGAAUUCUCCUUAAAGAAUUGGCAACUAUUCCGGCAAUAAUAUUCAAAUAGCCUUAGAUUCCCUUUGUAAAUCAUGUUAAAUACAUUUGUCAAAUAAUGAACUGAACAGUUAAGACAAGAGACCCAAGACAGAGGGCUCUUUGGUCCUUACUGAAAAGAUCUUGACGAAUUUCUCAUUGAUCUAACCUGCCUCAAGUUCUUGCCUGUGCUUACAUGAUUCCACAGCACCAAAUCAAAUGCUGUCGUAACCCGUUACUGACUUUGUUUCAUUAGUAUCUUUGCAUUUCCCUCUUCUUCACUUCCCCUUGUAUUUACCACUUCUUGUCUCUCUACCUCUGUCUCCAUUUCUCUUGUACAUAAACCCUUCUUUUUUCAGA